CCUGGAAUGGAUGAACUGAGACCUGUAGAAGAAAGUCUUGCAUCUGUCCCCAGUCCCAAGCAAUCAGAUGUUGAUGACCACAGCUGUACAUCUAAAAAUGUUGCCUCUGUUGGAACACAGUGGGAAGACCACAUCUUCGAGGAGCAUUGUUACAUCAAGAGACAACACAUUGUAACUUAUGUAAACCAGUCAACGCAGUGCGAUACAUUCAAGCCUCCUACUCUGAUGAACGACUAUGACUCAAAUCUGUACACCGGGCUCCCUCUCCACACAUUUCAUACCCUUGUAGCUGUUUUGCGUCCCCAUGAGAAUCUGGCUUACCAGACCGAAAUUGAACAGCAAAUCUUGCUCACACUAAUGAAGCUGAAAUUAAACCUAUUAAUAGAAGAUCUAGCAAUUCGAUUCCGUAUAUCAGUGAGUAAAGUGAGCAGGAUAAUUUCUUUUUGGAUUGACACCAUGGCUGCAGUCUUGAAGGAUCUGAUACCAUGGCUCCCCAAAGAAACCAUCAGGGCCACAACACCAGAGGCAUACAAGCAACAUUAUCCCAAUGUUACCUGUAUCUUAGACUGCAGUGAAAGUGAAGUCCAAAGACCAGGGAACCUAGACUCAAGGUCUGAAUCGUACAGCCACUACUAUGCUUGCAACACUAUCAAGUAUUUAGUGGCUAUUGCACCAUGUGGUCUAGUAAUGUUUAUAUCUGCAGCAUAUGGGGGACGCUGUAGUGACAAAUUUAUCACAUGUGAUUCUGGCAUUCUUGAAUAUCUCCAUCCAGGAGAUGAAGUGAUGGUGUACAGGGGUUUUUUGAUUAGAGACUUGUUGUUUGAAAGACAAGUCAAUAUGAUAAUUCCUCACUUCGCCAACAAAACGCAGCUGACAGAAGAAAAAGUCACAUGUAGCCGCAGGAUUGCAAAUGUAAGGAUACAUGUUGAAUGUGCAAUUAGGAGACUGAAAGUAUACAAGGUGUUAUCACAAACCUUGCCUAUCACCCUUAUGGCAAAGAUAGAUCAAAUUCUGCAUAUAUGUGCAGCUUUAGUGAAUUUGCGUGGUGAUCUGAUCUGUGAAGCAGAUAAUUAAGUUAUUUUAAAAAUGAAAUUUUGUCUUCAGUUACUCACCCUCAUGUUGGUCC